GCCCUGCACCUCUGCGGUCAGCAGCGGCCUGAAAUCCCACCAUCAGUGCGCCUUAAUCUCCUCCGAGCACACUGAUCUGGGGCAUCCCGGCCGGUUCCAGGGAAUGAGGAUCUGGGGGCGGGGGAGGCCGGCCCUGGCAGAUCUUCCAUUCCCUUCGCCCAGAUGGAGCGGGUGGUAGUGAGUAUGCAGGACCCCGACCAGGGCGUGAAGAUGCGGAGCCAGCGCCUGCUUGUCACCGUCAUUCCCCACGCAGUGACUGGCAACGAUGUCGUGGAGUGGUUGAUUCAAAAGUACUGCAUCGCAGAGGAUGAGGCCCUGCACCUGGGCACACUCCUGGUGCAGCAUGGCUACCUAUACCCACUGCGAGACCCCUGCCGCCUCCUGCUCCGGCCGGAUGAAACACCCUAUAGGUUCCAGACGCCCUAUUUCUGGAUGAGCACCCUGUGGCCAGCCGCUGAGCUAGACUAUGCCAUCUACCUGGCCAAGAAGAACAUCCGAAAGCAGGGGGCCCUGGUUGACCAUGAAAAGGCCCACUAUGACCAGUUGCACAGGAAGAUCAACCACACAUGGGACCUGGUGGUGAUGCAGGCGAGAGAGCAGCUGCGGGCAGCUAAGCAGCGCAGGAAGGGGGACAGGCUGGUCAUCGCAUGCCAGGAGCAGACGUACUGGCUGGUGAACAGGCCCCCGCCAGGGGUUCCCAGUGUGCUGGAGCAAGGUCCAGAGAGGGGUUCCUGCACUGCCAGACAGGUGCAGAUGACCAAGACGGUGGAUUUCUAUAAGCGGGAGGUAGGUGGCUGGGGGUGUGUGGGGGCGUUGGGGAGGUGGGGGUUGGGGGGUGGGCUGACAGAGUUCAGUGGUGAGAAGCCCCCCUCCCCCGCUCCUGGCCCCCAUCAAAGAGGCUGCUGCCUGGGCACCCCUCCUGAGUUUCCACCAGCCCUGGGUGUGCCUGAUCUGAUGCCCGGAUCCCUAGCCGAGAACCUCAGCUUCUGGGAGGCCUGUGAGGAGCUGCGCCACGGAGGGCAGGCCCAGGUCCCCGCCCUGGUAGACGCCGUGUACCAGCAGUUCCUGGCCCCUGGCGCUGCCCGCUGGGUCAACAUUGACAGCCGGACGAUGGAGCGAACUCUGGAGGGUCUGGGUCGGCCCCACCGCCACGUGCUGGACGACGCCCAGCUGCACAUCUAUAUGCUGAUGAAGAAGGACUCGUACCCGAGGUUCCUGAAGUCGGACCUGUACAAAGACCUGCUGGCGGAGGCUGUGGUCCCCCUGGAGAUGAAGCGCCGGGUGUUCCCAUUCAUGUGGAAGCCGCGGCAUUCCAGCCCCAGCCUUGCUCUCCUUCCCACCUCCACCUCUGGGGAGCCUGAGGCUGCUGCCGGUAGCCCUGGGGAUGGUGAUGGGGAGACCUAGGUGGGCCUGAGUGGGAGGAGGUGGCCAUCAUGCCCUUGUCACCCUCCUCUUGCCCAGGGUCCUGACAGCUACUGAGACCCCCAGCACGGGGUCCCCUCUUGCCCAGAGGGCCCAGCCUUGUGGGGAGGGAGUGGGGGAGGACGCCAUCUCCAGGGAUCCUCGUUUUCCCUUGUCACACCCUCCUUCCAGAAGGGUCUGGUCAACAGGCUGAUCCCCACAAGGCAGGGGGGCCCUGGACUGAGUUGGCAGAGGCCUGGCAUUCCUCGCUGGCACCCAGCCCCACCUUUGGAACCGACACUCAGAGUAAGAGGCACAGUCUGGUGGUCACCAGCAGGGGGCAUGGAAGUGCAGGGGGAUGUGCCACUCCCACCAGGCCGCACCAGCCUUCCUCUUCCGUGGUCUCCCAGAGGCCGCAGCUUUGCCACCCUGUUGGACAGAAAUGGUUCCAGCCCUGUCACCCCUCCACCAACCAGUUCUGGUUCACAGUAGGGGCAGUAGAGCCUUUUGGGGAAAGAUGCCAGUGGUCCUUGCUCAGAAGGCCCCCUCCCCGAGACUGUGGGUGAUACUCACGUGAAAGCUCCUUUGGAGGUGCAGCCAGACACCCCUCCCUCAGGGCUGGUCACACCCUCCCGCUCCUGGCACAGAAAUAAAAGACCCUCGGAUUCUCUGAGCCUGA